GGACCUAUCAAUUGGAGAGUACGUUUAGAAGAAGUGCUAAUAUUCCCCCACUCUUGGAGCCCGCAUACUUACCGCCCUGUGCGACUUGUGAGCCUUGUGAACCCACUCUCAUUACUAUCCGACAAUGCCCGCAGCUUUUCGCAGACCAGAUCACUAUAGUAUCCUUGGUCUCACCGUUGACGCUACUGACGAUGAUAUCAGAGCUGCAUACAAGAAAAUGGCCCUCCAGUGGCACCCUGACCGUCAUCUGACCGGCAAAGAACAUGCAGCGCAAAUGUUUGUCGAAGUCAAUUCUGCCUACCAUUCCUUGAUGGAUGGCACAGAAAGCACGGAUCCUUCUUGUGGAGACAGGGCCUCGCCAUCCUUUACACCCACUGAGACUGGCACAGUCCGAAGCUCUUCCGUAGAGCCAAACCCCCAAGCCUUGAACACACAGGCAUCACGUCGCACAACGUCGUCAGGCUCUCAGAACAGUGCGCAGGCACCCAAUCCGUUCCCGUCCGCUUCCGUUCAUAGCUCUGACACCGAAAAACUUUCUCAGCCUCGUUCGUCAGACGACAAACCGACUCACCAUGCCUCGCAUGACCACCAUUUCAAUCCGAAACACCAUUUCCCCAAGUCUUCCAGCACUGGCAGUAAUGGCUCUCGUUCUCGUUCCCGCUCCCGAACAAAAUCAUACGAUAACCUACGCGGGUCGCCACGAUCAGCUACACCUGUUCAACCGCCAUCCUCUACCACGAGCGCUGGCCGUUCUCGUAGCAGUCACACGAGCAACAUUUCUCCCUUAAAAUCACAUGACAAUUUGCGUGAUCUUUCACGCAACACGCGCGAGUCGCAAUCAGGACAAGUGCCUCCUCUAGCUGCAUGUGGUGAUUCGAAGUCGGACACUUCGACCCGGUCUAAAAACAACCAGGGGGCCGGACCUACCUUCACAUAUUCCAAGGGCCGCAGCGAUGGGAAACUAUCACGAAGUCAAACAGGGAACUUUUCGCAGCCCGUAAUUCCACCCCCGUCAUCCAAGCUACAUAAACUGUCUCGGCUUGGACUCAGAGAGGAGCUCCUCCAAAAGCUUUCUAAGGGGUCAUCGAAGGGCAGGAAAGAAGAGUGUCCAUCUUACUCUGAUCACGCUCCCACGUAUGGUUCCCCGUUGCGAGCCCUUGGUGCACCUCGAGGCGCAUCUAAGGAGUGGCUGUUUCCUCUUCCCCUGACUCUGGACGAGAUGUAUCACGGGACCACUUACCAGUUUCUCGUCACACGGGAGUUACUAUCCCGCAAGACGGAGCAGGUCGAGAUCUGUAUCGAAGUACCUCCGGGUAUUCGGAGCGGAACCAGGAUUAUCUGUCCCCGCACAGGUCACCAGCGUAAGGACGGAACCCUUCAGGACGUAAUCUUCCUGGUUGAAGAGGUGCCCGAUGGUCGUUUCACUAGGGUGAAAGACGAUCUGUUUAUGGACAUAUGCGUACCAUGGGUGGAAAGCCUUGCCGAGCGAGGGGGCGAUGUUUGUAUAGAUGGCAUGGAUGGGGACGAUAUUACCUUCGCACUUCCCUAUCCAAUCUACGACAAGUCUACCGAAGGACAAAUACUAGUUAAAGGAGCGGGCAUGCCGAUUCGGGAAGGUCGAAAGACAGUUGGACGCGGUGAUUUGAUUGUCAGAUGGCAGGUGGUGUUCUCGCACCCGAGCAAAUGGGACACCUUCAAGAAAGUUUUGCGUAUCAAGGUAUGAUCAAUUAGAGGACAUUAUGAUUGCUAUGAACGUCUUUAUGGGAAUAUGUGCAUUGGACGGCGUUGUAUCAUGUCUAGAUCUAUCAGUGGGUGGAAGGUGGACGCAUCGGGAUACCCAACUAACAUUGUACAGUAUUUACCAAUUAUGCCAUGGACGUUAUCAUUACAAAAUAUGACACUCGUUGCAUCACUUACAGCUCACGCACAGGAAGCGCAGUACUACCACAUUCCAUCGGUACAACGGCAGAACAGGAUCAUCUAGAGUGAUGAAUUACCUGAGUCGAGUAUACGUCCGAAAG